GCCGGCAGUGAGGCGGCGGGUGUGUGAGACGAUGGGUGUACUGUUCGGACCGCUGCGGCCAGUGCUGCUGACGCUGCUGCUGGCGACCUCAGCAGCGAGUUCCGUCCUCCAGUCCCACAGGACGUUCCGCGAGGGUGACUCGGAGCUCCGCUGGAUCAACACCAAGGACUCCAAGUCAAGGUGGAACACCAUCACCACGGACGGGUUCGGCGAGCCGCCGUGGUCGCGGCGCGAGCUACCAAAGUCCACCACCUGGUUCCUGCAGGCGCCCAAUUCGUCAUACGCCAUCAUCGUCUACAUGACCCAGUACCACCUGGCGGAUGGUGACCUGCGCGUCAGCUCGUUCAGGAACUGCCGGAAUGCGAGCCGCACCAGAAACAUUGUCAAAUGCAGCUGGGGCCAGCCGGUGAGCGACAUCUCGCAGAGUUUCGAGGCGCCCGAGGACACCAACAUAUUUCCGGUUCGACACACGACGCGAUAUGUGGCCACCAAGGCCGGCGAUGAGUUCCUCGUUCUCAUAAUGAACCCGUCGAAUGGAGACACCAGCGGACCCGCUGACGGCUGUCUCCAGUCCAGCGUGUCACGCGGCUUCAACGUCACGUACAACGUAGUCGAGCUGCCGGCGGGCACCGACGUCAAGACGAAGGUGAAGCCCGACCGCUGCGACGCGCUUCGAUGCAACCUCAACGGCGACUGCCACAUGACGUCCCAUUAUGAACGCUUCUACUGUCAGUGCCAGCCCGGCUUCUACGGUGACUCUUGUCAGUACGGCCCGCUCUGUGACCCAAAGAACAACGUCAACCCCUGCCAGAACAACGGCACGUGCAGGCAGCGAAGAGACGUGGCCGAGUGCAAGUGUCCGAUCCCGUACCACGGCGCUCGGUGCCACCUGAAGCUGGAGGGGGUUAUAGUGGAACCCAACUACUGUCUGGGGCUCCACGGCCUGCACUGCGCCGUCGGCUGCCUGGCAGACGGCGGCGGAGGGACGGAAUACAGGUGCUUCUGCCAGCCGGGAGUGCCACAGCUGGCCAAUGACUCGUGCUCCGGGUUGAGAGACCUGCGGAGGUACACGAUCGAACUCACAGUCACUGAUACGGACAUCGAGCUCAACAGCUCAAACAUCGAGACGAGGCUAGGAUUUAACCACUCGAUAUACAGCCAGGCAGGACCACUUCGUGUAGCUGAAUUUGAUAACAGUUCGCAGGAUGCCAGCGCUCCGCGGCGGCUGCUGCUGCUGUUCACGGCUCUCGGCUCGGACGAAACAGCGCUGUACCGCUGGUUUUCCGACGGAGUCAGUCAGGCCAGGAUCGGCGCCGUCGGCGUCAGACCGCUGCAGUUCGCCUUCUCCUCGGAGCCCGAACUGGCCAUCACGAGUCUAUCUCUGGACGACCACGGCCGGCCUCAGACGGUCGGCUCGCGCGCCCAACUCACCUGCACAGUACGCGGCUCAGAAGGUGCAGAGGUGCAAUGGUUCAAGGACGGCGCCCGGAUCAACGUCACUAGAGCCUCCCUUCUCAGGGAUCACCACGUCAGUGAGAGCCGGUACCGUCUGGGCGGCGAGUCGCACAACCACUACCUGACGCUGGGCCGGCUGGUGCCCGAGGACCAGGGCUGGUUCCAGUGUCAGGCCGCUGACAGACACAGCGCCGAGCCGGUGCGGCGCACCAUCCAGCUGAGGCUGAGUUCGCUGCAGUUGGCGCUGCACGUCACACCGCCGCUGGCCACCGUCCGACCCGGCCGGAAUGUCACUAUCACCUGUACCCUGAGGAGCAGUAAACAGAACCGCGACCAGACGACCAUCAGCUGGAGGAAGGCGGUGGGCCGCGGACCGUUCCAUCUGCUGACGUCACAGGAUCACGAACAGGUGGUCACCUACUGCUGGGGCAGCUCGGUGCUCGUCAUCAGAGAGCCAGAGACGGCCCGGUACGAGUGUUUCGCGCACCUACCGCCAGCAGCCUCUAACCGUGUCACCGCCGACGUCCUGGUGAUCACCCCCGGCCAGACGACCUGUCCUGGGGUCAGGGACGGUAACAUCACCUGGCAGGAGACGGCGGUCGGCAGAGAGGACAUCCAGCCCUGUCCCGGGGAUGAUGAGGACAUCCAGCUGCCGGGACGGGUCAUCAAGGUGCCCGCCCGCUUUGCCCGACGGACGUGUGAGAUAGCAGCCACCUCUCAGGCGCACUGGGGACCGCCUGACUUCAGUGACUGCGUCGACCGAGAGCUGUUCGUGCUGCAAAAACAGGUGGAUCAGCUGAUGGCCGGAUAUGACGUCACCAGUCCGGAGUCCGUUCUGGCCGAUGUGCACGAAGUGCUAAAGCGCCGUGUGGAGGCGGCGCUGGACCGGCAGCCAGCCCGUCUGCUGGCUUCCGAGGUGGAGAGCUUCCGCAGUGUGCUGGUCGGCAUGUCGUCCUACGUGCUGAAGGUGGCGACGGACGAGCAGCUGAAGGAGGUGGAGCAGGAUUUUAUACACACGGUGGCGCCGCUGCUCGGGACGGAAGGAGACGGACAGCUCAGCGAUCAGCACAAGGCGGAGCUGCUGGCGGCCAACCUGAACUUCCUGCUGCGCCGAGUGUUUGUUCGAGAGCCGAUCGACCCGCACCCUGACGACAUGUUCAUCACCACCCGCCUGCUGCCCUACCACGGAGACGGCAUGUUCGUCGUCACGCCCUUCCACAUGCACAACCGUCCGCGCUGGAUGCGGUCGGCGGCAGGGAUCUCUCUGGGCCCCACGCAGCCGUGGCGCUCGCACGUGGUGCCGGCCUCAGAGCUCGGUCUGGUGAUGGUCGUCCACCGGCACACGCGCGCCCUCUACCCGCACAGCUACAUACCCGACGACAACGGCGAGGAGCUGGGUCGUUCGGGAGAGCGGUUCCUACUCGAUUCUCACAUUGUCUCUGUUGGACUGAGCAAACAGCCGCGUCUACUGGAGAGUCCAUUCCCUCCGUCUGUACAGAUGACACUGAGCCUGGAGCCGCUCUCAGCGCGCUGGAACGAGUCCAGUCAGCGCCACAGCUGUGCCCAGCUCUCCAGCGGCGGCCGGUGGAGACUGGACGCCUGUCAGCUCAGUCGCAGCAACCACAGCGUCAACUGCAGCUGCCAGGGACUGGGAACGUUUGCGCUGGCGCUGGUCACGCAAGAACCCUCUCCGCUGGAUUACAUGCUGCUCACUCUGCACGUACCGGUGGUGGUGGGCUGUGUGCUGUCGCUGCUGGUACUCCUGUACACGUCUCUGGCGCUGCUGGUACACUGGUGGCGCCGCCGCUCGGUGCCAGCCGGCCUGCAGCUGCAGAGCAGCCUGGUGCUCUUCGCUGCGUUCGCGGUUAUCCUGGUCUGCGCUGGCGAUACGCAUAAGAGCAUCGCCUGGAUGGCCGGCUGCGGCGCCUUCCUGCAGUUUCUCGUGCUCUCGGCAAUCAGCACCCAGAUGGGCAUCAAGAUGCACGUCUUUGGAGAACAGCUGCGGCUCAAGCAAAUGGGCGGCGACCCCAAGUACUUCAAAUUCAUCGCCUACUUCAUUUCCACCGGUGUACCCGCUCUGGUCACGGCGGCCACCAUCACCGUCCAGGUCACCCACGGCUGGCACCUGCUGCGCUCGUGGUGGAUGAUGCGCGACUCCACCCUGUUCUACGGCGUGCUGGUGCCGGCCUCCAUCCUGCUCAUCAUUGACACCGUGCUGCUGCUGUUUGUGAGAGCCACGCUUACAAUAGGACUCAUCGACCCGGCCGCCGAGGAUGUCACCUGUCGCCUCAACGAAUGGAGGAGUCUGAUGUGGCGGUCUCACAUCCUGGAGGCCGUGGUGGUCCUGGUGAUGAUUCCGGUCAGCGCCCUGUACAUCAACUUCCCGGGAACGGCCUGCGAGGUACUAUUCGGCCUCAUCUGCCUCCUCACGAGCGUCACUCUGCUGAUGUGUUACGUCAUCUAUGGAAACACCGGUGUUCCGACCAGGCCGUGCGGCAAGAAACCUUCGAAGAACACGGACGACGACGGGGGCCAUCGGAAGGCGCCUGCCACGCUGCGGUCGCGUGCCGUGCUGAGCUUCUUUGAGCCCAGUCAGAAGCCGCUGCUGCCGCGCAACGGCUCGCGGCUAACAUCAGCCGGCGUGCUAAACGACAAUCCCGGCACGGGCACGGGCACGGGCUCCGGCUGCGGCUCCGGCUCCGGAGGCUCCGCGGAGACGGAGGAGUGCGCCAUCAGCUCGGCUCCCGACUCCUCCAGUUUCAGCUCCAGUGACUCGGGAGCCUCGCAGCUGCACGCGCCCACCGGCCGGCCGGUAGCCUCUAACGGGUCUCCGGUAGCCUCUAGCGGGGUGCAGAAGAUGCAGGUACGGGCGGAGAUCAGUUCAGUGAAUUGUGAAGCGUUUGAUCCGCCGCCCAAGCCGGGACGCCAGGCGGUGACUCCGACUUGGUCCGGGGUGAAGAGAGCCGGCCCGAGACCGGCGCAGAAGUCGUGAGAUGUACAGACAUUCUGUGAAGAUUGAGAUGUUCGAGGGCUCAGUGUGUUAAUUUGUGCUGUUUUAUAGCAUGCAUGUGAGCUACUUGCACUGAAAGUCUGUGAGAAUGCAACAGUUGCUUUUUUGCUUAUGCAUCAGUGCGUACUUUGUGCCAUCACAGACGAAUGAAUGAACGGUUUGAUGAACGGUUCUGAUUGCGCUUACAGCAAAUCAGCGUAAACGUUCUCAUCAUUUGUACAGUGUACACAUAUCACGUAUUAUAUAUAGUUCAGAGGCGAAAUCAAAUUCAAAUUGAUGUGGACAAGCUCUUGGUUAAUAGUGUACACACAUGAUAUUGUUAAGAGGCACAUGUCCCUGCUGUAAGUAACAGUCCAGUAUCAAACGUGGUCAGCUAAGGAUGUUUCUCACUACUCGUCCUUUCGUGUCGGGAAACCCGAUGUGCAAAGCUCUCUGACUGAUUGUCAGUAGGUAUCCUGGACUCCUGGCUGUACGGCUAAACGAAUAACAGUCCCAACACGGGUCACGGUUAUCACCCUAUAUCUAAGCUGUCGUGGGUUGAUGGCCGUAUUUCGUGCUAUUGGUCGUGCAGAUCAGCUUGCGACCUCCAUGAGAGCGAUGCUAUUUUGUAUUGACCCGUAUCGAAGCUGUGUUGGAACGGUCAAGAUUUGGACCAAUGUCGAGCAUUCCCACGUUUACAUCAUUUCGAGCUUCAUGUGCUGUUUGACGCUGGGGCGUCCUUUUGAGUGGUUUGCCCGAGAGGCCCGUGGUAUUAGCGUUGUGCCGUGCCCUCAUGUCACCCAGUGUCACCGGCUGGAUGGUUUCGCCACUGCAAUUAUGGCGCCGUGCUCUGUUUAAUACUGUAUUUUAGGCGUCGUAUUGGACGGUCUGUCGGUCGAAGUUUAGCCAACCAAUAACUGGCGUUUCCCACCGCACCGCUCCUUGGCUCCUGGCAAGCGUAACCGUCUUAUCCACCUCAGUUUGAGCCAGUUAUCGUUUUACCCUACCAUAGGGGCAGCUUCACUGUCCCGAUUUGCCGCCACUACUCGGGACGAGGUUCAGCCAGUGACUGAUCGUCGCUGGUAUUUUUGGCCAGUAAGUGUGCUACGUUCGCAUCUGUGCCCCGAUUGCAGAGUUCCGCCGUUCAAUAAACGCUCACGGUGUCA